UACGUCACUCUGCAUCCGAACCCAGACCAGUCGAGUCGCAGCCAUUUUACUCCGCGAAAUAAACUUCAAUCUCACUGCUGCGCGACAAAAACCCAACACUGAAGAUUAUUCCUUCGACGACAGUGUCUCUCAUGUUGUGAACCGCGACUCGGAGGGAUCCGGGUUUCAAGUCUUUCGGUAGCAGAAACAACACACAAAGGGACGGCGACCCGGACUGGUCUCAGUUUCCUCGCAGCCUCCCGGAUCCCCUCCUGAGGCAGGAUGGAGCCCCAGGGGCAGCUCGGAGCAGGAGGGGAUUGUGGGAUGUCAAACCUGCUGGUGCCAAGUCCUCAGAGCGAGGCGGUGACCCACGAGAUGGAGGAGCUCUCGCUGCAGCCCACGCAGAGUCUGCCUCCGCUCAACGAACGCAAGAACGUGCUGCAGUUGAGGCUUCAGCAGAGGCGAACCCGCGAGCAGCUGGUGGAGCAGGGCAUCAUGCCGCCUCUGAAGAGCCCAGCAGCGUUCCAUGGACAGAUUCGCAGCUUGGAGCGAGCGAGGACUGAGAAUUUCCUCAAGCACAAGAUCCGCAGUCGUCCCGAGCGAGCCGAGCUGGUCAGGAUGCACAUCCUGCAAGAGACGGGAGCCGAGCCGUCCCUACAGGCCACUCAGAUGAAGCUGAAACGGGCCCGGCUGGCCGACAACCUCAACGAGAAGAUCGCCCAGAGACCCGGCCCCAUGGAGCUGGUGGAGAAAAACAUCUUGCCAGUGGACUCCACCCUCAAACAGGCCAUCAUCGGCCAGGUGAAUUAUACCAAGGUUGUGGAUGAAGACAGCAGUGAUGCACUGUCCCCGGAGCAGCCGGCCAGCCAGGAGUCUCAGAGCUCUGUUCCCUCGCCAGGAGACGUCAGACUCCCAGAGACGCCGUCUCCAGGCCCCCCACUAACACCACUCCCCACCCCCAUGCUGCAGCCCCUGCCAACGCCAGACUUUAUGAAAAUCGUCACUGCCACUGAGCAGCCGGCCAGCCGGCCGGCGAUCCCGCCCCCUCAGCCCGUCACUACAGCAGCUCUCUCCAAGCCCGGCCCGACGCUGGUCAAACAAAGCCAGCAGAAAGCCCCCUCAGAGAAGAGUCGCAGCAAGAAGGGCAAAGAACCAAAGUCGAGGGUGAAGAAGCUGAAGUACCACCAGUACGUCCCGCCGGACCAGAAGCAGGAGGCAAGCGAGGCGCCCAUGGACUCGUCGUACGCCCGACUCCUGCAGCAGCAGCAGCUCUUCCUGCAGCUGCAGAUCCUCAGCCAGCAGCAGCAGCACUACAACUACCAGACCAUUCUACCAGCGCCACUCAAGCCUGUGGCAGAAGGUCAGAACAACAACGCGGCGACCCUCCCCACCUCCAUCGUGGUGUCGCUGCCCACCGCCCCCCCGCCUCCCCCGCUGCCUCCGGCUCCCGCCCGGCCGAACAACUCGCUCUCCAACCGCAAGCCGGGAGUCCUGCCCGCCAACCUGGAGGAGAUGAAGGUGGCAGAGCUGAAACUGGAGCUGAAGCUGCGCGGCCUCCCCGUGUCGGGAACAAAGACCGACCUGAUCGAAAGGCUGAGGCCUUUUCAGGAGAAUGUCAGCUCCGCCGCCGCCCCUCCCCCUCCCGCCACCGCCACGCUCUCCUCCAUCCCCAUGGAGGUCACCGCGCCCGCCAUUAUCCUCCCAGUCCAGCAGGUGGCUCCAGAGAACAUGAGCUCCACGCCGCCCGUCUCACCCGUUCCCGCCGACCCCGCCGCCUGCCAGCAGGACGUCGGCAUGCCCGAGGCGCCGCCGCCCGAACAGAAGAUGAUGACCGCGGGUGUGGUGGCUCUGCAGUCCUCGCCCCUCGCGUCGUUCCGCGUCCCCGAGGAGAAGGACAGGAGGCUCCACGAGAAGGAGAGGCAGAUCGAGGAGCUGAUGAGGAAGCUGGAGCAGGAGCAGAAGUUGGUGGAGGAGCUGAAGAUGCAGCUGGAGGUGGAGAAGAGGGGUCAAGGCAACGGCAUGACCGACACCGCGAUGUCACCCCCCAAGCUCUCCACUGUGUCCACCAUGAGCCCCCGUCCCCCUGUCCUCAACUCCAACUUGGUGAAGAUGGAGGGAGCAGUCCUGUCGAACUGCUCCUCCACUAGUUCGUCCAUUGCGAACUCUCUCCUCGGCUCCCAGGCGCUGACGGCCUCCCUGCCGACCGUGGUGAAGCUGGAGGAUGUGACGGUCUCUUCCGGAAAGCCGCUUCAGCUCCAGACCCAAACCCAGCUCAUCACGCAGAUGCAGCCCCAAACCCAGCCCCAGGUGGCCGCCGGCGCCCAGCUGCUGCCCCAGAAGAGCCCCAAGCUGCAGGCGCAGCCGCCGGCCGCCGGCCCCGGCCUGCAGCAGUUCUUCAUCAGCCACCCGGGCGGCGUGUCCCAAGUGCUGGGCCAGCCCCAGACUCUGCUGACCGCCACGGGCCAGGCGGGGACUCAGAUCCUUCUCCCGGUUUCACUACCCAACAAUGCCACCGCCAUCCAGCUGCCGAACACCACCGUCAACCUGCAGCCGGUUCUCCAGGCCGCCGUCUCAAAUCCGGGCCUGGUGCAGGCUUCAGUCCCUCAGCUGCAGACCGCUAAGGUGGAGAUGACCUCCAGUCAGCAGCCGCUGCUACAGACUCUGACUAUGUGCAAUAACACUACUGGUGUGGAGAACCACAGCAGAGCGGAGAGGAACCCUCAGUGUUCUCUGAGGAGAUCUCCAGAGAACCGAGUCUCCCCGCAGGCGUCACCCAACCACCACAUGACCAACGGACUGCUCACUAAGCCUCCUUCCCCGCAGCCCGCUUUCAUCCUGCAGCCCUCCUCCCUGGUGGCUCCGCCCCCAAAGACGCGAGAACCUCCCCGCUACGAGGACGCCGUCAAGCAGAGCCGCAACCUGCACAUCAAUAGCGUUUCACAGGUUCCCACAGCAACCAGCCAGCAAAUGGACGACUUGUUCGACAUCCUCAUCGAGAGCGGAGAAAUCACCCCGUUCAUCCAUCCGGAGCUGCCGGCGUCUCUGGCGAAGACGCUCCCAGUCACGGCCAACAUCACCACGCUCCCGGUGAACACCGUGCUGUCCCGCCCGCCCCAGCAGAUCCAGGUGGCCCCGCCCCCCGCGCCCAGCUCGCUGGCCGCCCCCGGCCUGCCCGGCCUCUCCUCGCUGGCCACCGACAACCAGCUGGAGGCCUUCCUGGAGACCACGCUGGCCGACACGCCGCCGGCGUCGGACCCGCGCACGCAGGGCCUGAUGGAGGAGCUGCAGGCGCAGCUGAUGGAGCAGCAGCCGUACUCCCCCAUGGACACCUCCGACCUGUCCUUCUGCGACUCCUCGCCCCCCUCCUCCCUCAACAUGGGCCUGUCCGACCCGGCGCUGGACAACAUGGAGUGGCUGGACCUCACCAUGCCCCCGGGCCCCGCCGGCGUGCUCACGCCACUGGGGAUCCCCACGGACUUCCUGGACACGCACGACCUGCACUGGGACUGACGGAGGAGGGGAAGGACGAGCCGGCGGGGCGGCCGACACUAAAGGAAGGAGACGUGACCAUCUGUAAUAUUCCCACCACGCCACAGGACCAGACGCCGGCAGUUUGCGCAGCUUUAAAGGAGGACGGUUUCAGGCCGGACGGCCAACAGCGCCGUCCUCACAAAGGGAUCCGAGCGUUUAACUUUUUUUUCUUCUUCCGGUAUCUGAUGUCACGAUUUUAGCGAUCGUUUUUACAGAGCCAAGGAGACCGAGCCAAAUGAAGACGAGCGGACGGGGCGUUUUUGUAAAUACAGCUUAAAAGAGUAAGACUCGAGAUGACCCGAUUCUGUCUACUGGAGGUUUGAACGCACACCUUACUGUGGAAGCACACACUAAACCUGUUACAGGACGACUGUGCCAUACAAGCUUCCAGGAGCUGGAGGUUACAGAUUCAACAGCACGGCUUCAGUUCCUCUGAAGAAGUUUACUCAGCAAGUCCCAGACGUCUGCGCGCUCCUCCUCCAUUCAUCAGUCAACAAGCCAAGUCAAGACAAAGGGAUUCUGGACGUUCGCUGACUCCAUCUGACACCAGAUGUGACUGUUUUCCUUCUGACCCGUGGCGUCCGGCGCCGGUCAAGCUGAUCAACCAAUGACUCGACGAAAGGAGGAGGAGGAGGAGGAGGCUCCUCCUUCAGUGUGAGAGCUAUGCACUACAGGAGGCCCAGAGGUCCGACUCCUUCACCUCAGAACAAAAUGUGAAUACACCGACGCAGGAAGGCUCGCCGAGGUCGCGAUCGCGUCUGCGGUCUCCGCUGCGGACGCCACAGUUGUCCAAGCCUCUUAUUCUGAAUGUACUUUUGAAGUUAAAAAAAAAAAAGGACUUAAAGUUGGCAGCUUUUUUUUCCCAGAUUAUCAAACUGACAGUAAAAAGAAAAAAAAAUGGAAAGGGAACAAAUAUCAGUUUGUGACACAUAUCCAUUAGUGCAGCAAAUUAUAUCGAGGAUUCCAGAUGUCUGGCGAGCUUUAUAUCUAGUUGUGUGUGUGUGUUUGUGUGUGUGUGUCAGGAUGAGAGGUCAGUACAGCAAAAUCUGCCUGUAACUCAUCAAGUGUCCUGACAUCGUGGGCGCGCGAGUGAAUGAAGCAUGUGUGUGUGUGUGUGUAUGUGUGUGUCCUCUGGUCUGUCUGCAUGUUCCUCCGUGUCUCCGUGUGCAUGAUCGUUCCCGCGCUGGAGCUCUGGCUGCUUCUCAAAACCGUCGGCUUGAAGUCGUCUGAAGAAAUUCCUCUAAAUAUCUAUUGAAAGCAGUCAUUUGCGCUCCGCGGUUCCAAAUUGUAGCCCUCAAAAGGCUCCUGAUGACUGUUUCCCUGUCGUCUUGGUGGGCGUCCUGCAGUCCGACGCGCACACACACCUUCGAGCACAUGUUUCUUUUAGGUCAUGUUCCACUUCUCGCAUCUCAGCACCGAGCUGCUGUUUCACUGCCGCACUCGGUUCCUGUGGGAUCUUUCAUCAAGAUGUCUUGUUUGCUUCUCUCAGUCAGUGAAAUCACGGUUAAAACCACUUUCUCCUUACGUGUCAUUACACUCCCCAGGCCACUAGAGGGUGCCUUUGUGGCACUUCAGGUUGAAUUCUAAAAGAUACAACUACAGUGGAUUUUUUUUGUUUUUUAAAGAGAAGUGUCUUUUGCAUGUAAAAUGCUGAUUCACUGUGCUCAGGCGCGUGCUCGCUGAUUUAAACCCGUCUGCUGUGGAGCUGCAUGAACACGUCCGCAAGCGCCGCACACGCCUCGCUCGCAAAGCUCAUAUCGGCCCCUCGACCCCUUCCUCGUGUCGCUUACUGAUUCAGAGCUGCACGAUUUGUCUUCGUUCCCGCUGUCUUUCGUCGCGUUUUCACAAACGUCUGUGGUAAUUAGGAUUUAACGGAAGCGGCUAGCCGCUGGAUAGAACUGCACAGGUCGAGCUUUUAGCCGGUCAAGCUUCAGUACAACGGCACAACACGUCAAUCGGACGACAUCAUGAUUGUCUUUUUUAAAAAUUGAAUUUUAAAAACGUUAGACACGCUGCACCUUUUAAGCUUCACUGUUUCUUUGUCACGUCCUUUUGAUAUUUAGUCUGAAGUUAGCGUCUCAUUGAUCUGGUUCCAGGACGUGAAGGGAAACCGAACCGGCCGAUUCUGGGUUUUAUCACUCUUCUUCACCGUGUUGGAACUACUGGAGAACUUUAUCUAUGUAGCGCCAUGUACAAAAUCAUUCUGAGGCACUUUUACAGAGAAAAACCCAACAAUUCCACGUGAACAAGGGAAACCUUCGACUGUUAAUGGAGCUGAACGCAUGAUUCAGUAACCGACGAGGCUGGUGUCAAAUUACAAGAACCGAUUUAGGGUUGCUGGAUCCGAUCCCAGCUGAUUAUGGACCGUUCCAAAGUGCCGUUAGUAGAGUCGACUUUCUGUUGUAAUUUUACACCAGCCUCACUCUGGAUUUACUGAAAUAUCCUUGAUGUGUAGCUGUAUCGAGAUUCACCAGAAUUAUAAAGAAAAUAUGAAAGGUUCCCGUCAUAGCUUUAAAAUGAAAUGUAUUCACAUUAAAGCACAGCUGAAUACGGUGAGAAAAUGACGCUGGUGUCAAAUUACCCCAUGCCACAUAUCAGCGGUGUGUCCAGCCACUGUUAGAUCAAACGCAGAACAAAGUCAAGUCAGACUUUGUAAAGACACAAAAGUUUCAAAUUUUCUCCCUAUAAAGUGCAAUAAUCUGCCGUUUGUGGCGAAACAUUUCAGUUCUGUUGUUUCCCCCGUGUGUUCGUGGCUUUUGUAAAAAAAAAAAGUAGCAAAUUUUGUUUAAUGUAGAACAAGUUUGGCGAAAGAUCAAGAAAAUGGAAGUUUGCGUUU